AUGCAUUUGGUUCGGUUCGCUAUACAUAAUAACCCGGAUAUAGUGCUGGUUCACUAUCUGAAUGUGCCGUACAAUGACGACAAUAAGGUGAUCAGUCCGGCCCUCAAUUAUUUCGCCGAUAAUAAGAAGGAGUGGACGAAAGACGAGCUCAUCUGUGAGCUGAAGCCUAUUGAGAACGAGCCCGACCUCAACAACGAGUUGGAGAAGAGUACGGUCGAGACAAUUGAGGCCAUUGUGGGCCAACUGAUGGUCAAACAGAGGGCUAAAGUGAAGGCUCUGGAGGACGCGACCGACACCGGCAUUAACGCCAAGGCGUUGACUGUCGUGAACGCCAUCACCAACAGUACCCGUGAAGUGAACAAACAGAGUAAUGGCAAAUCCAAUACGACUACCGGCGCCCAUAAUAAGUGUAAACAGCAGCCGACAGUCAUUAAUAAGAGGGACGUAUCCAACGCUAUUAUGACUGCACAACAAAACACUAAUUCAACGGAUAAUAACUCUUCAAAACAGUUGACAACUCAGGGAACGGUACAAUUGUUACAACUGGCGAACUCUGGUCAGACAGCUAUCCGGACGACCAGUGCCAACAGCACCCACUCUAGUCAGUCGGCGGGCCCGACGUCUCUGAUAUUCAAUUUAUCAAACUUAUCUCAAUUUCAAUCCGGUUCUGGCCUUUUGAUUCUCAAUUCGCCCCAAACUCAUGGCCAGAACCAAAGGCCUACCGAUUCGGCUCAACAGCUAACGGCGCCGUUGACGCUCGUGUACGGCAGGCCUAACCCUAACGGCACCGCCAAUUGUGUGGAGUCGGCUUCCAUUCCAAAUGUGAUCUGUUCUACCAAUAAAUCUCUUAAUAGCAUGUCUUCUACUAAACUGAAUGGCGAACUGACCAUCGAUUCCAUUGCACACCACCAGACCAUCACCACCACCACGACUACCGCUUUAGAGAAUCGUUUGAAUCAUUUAAAUCAUUUGAAUUCUUUACAUAUAUUGAAUAAUCAUAACAUAAACGGCAUUCAAAUCAAGAAAGAGUAUGAGAUUAACGGCAAUAACGCCAAUAAUUCUAGUGAUAGUGAGACCUCUGAUGAGAUUACUAACGAUAAGGGCAUUUGUGUCGACAAUUCUGCUCCAAAUUCGAUAACCUAUUCCGAAGAGUCAAUGAUUGUGAACAGCAAUCCCUCGACACCCGAACACAUGAAGUCUAACCUAUUGAGCGCCGGUGGGGAUCAGACCACCAGCUCAGGCGUUGACCUCAAUUGCAAUCACCUGAACCAUUCCCAACCUCAACAGCUCCCACUCACCCAUAACCAUAACUACAGUUAUAAUCAAUACUUCAAUAACAUUAAUAACAACAAUGAGUUAAAUAAUAGAAAUCAAACGAAUAUCAAUACAAAUCAAACUAAUGGUCUAAUGAAUUAUGAGAUGGAUAACGACCUCAACCCCAUGGACUUCAUUGACAAUGACAUACCGACGCCCGACGAGACGCUCUUCAAUUUGGAUACGUUUGACAUAUUGGGUGAUAUCGACGACCAUUUGGACGAAUUGUCGCAGACAUCCAAUUACCGCAAUUCAAACCUAAACCAAACCCAAACCAAAACUAUUAAAUCCGAUUCUUCCGCAACCAUUAGCUCUGCACAAGAUUAUCGCGAGAUUACCGCUAAUAUCACCGAUUAUUCGCCCGAAUGGUGUUAUCCGGAAGGUGGAAUUAAGGUGUUGGUGGCCGGACCUUACUUUACCAAUAACUACAGAUAUACUAUACUGUUUGAUGGCGUGUCAGUCACUACACAUUUAGUACAAAACGGUUUACUCCGGUGUUAUAGUCCCGAACACGAGCCCGGAUUCGUGACAUUACAAGUAGCCUGCGAUGGCGUUAUUAUCUCCAAUUCAGUCAUCUUUGAAUAUAGAGAUCACCCAACGGUUCCCAUGCAGAAGUCGGAGGAUUACUUCUCUGUUGAUGAACGGUUCGAGUUAUUAGAAUCUCGGUUAUCUCAAUGCUCUUCAAAACGUGGACUUACGAUUCAAGGUAUGGAAUCGACUAAACAAUUCACUUGUUUUGAGGACCGACUUGUGGUGAUGUGCACAGAGAUGGCCAGUUGUUCGUGGCUUCCAGUAGACGAGUCUAGUCUGACGACACAGUCGUUGCGGACGGGGCUGUCGAACCGGGACAUGUCGUUAAUACAUUUGGCGGCUGCACUCAACUAUUAUAAACUAAUCCAAUGUCUACUUAAAUGGCGUAAAGAGAAUCCGUCGCCAAUACUAGAGCUAGAAAUCGAUGCCUUUUCUUGUGAUGAUAACGAGUGCACACCACUCAUGUGGUCGUGCGCUAAGGGAUACUACGAGUCCUCUGUACUGCUGUACACGUGGAACAGAGCGGCCAUUAAUUUAUGCAACAAAACGGGUGAAUCGCCCCUUCAGUUGGCCCGAAGGAAAGGCCACCAAAAGGUCGUCAAUGAGAUCGAGCGCCUCGAAUGCCAGCAGUCGUCUCAUCCGCACAUACCUGACCUUAAUUGUGAUGAUUUGAUGACUGGUUUUAGUAACAAUAUCUUCCGAAAGCCUCGCAAAGCCAGUCUCGAUAUACCGGCGCUGAACAGGACGAUGAAGAAUACGAGCCCAUCGACUGUGAAACGGGGCUCAGCCUGUCUUCAGCACGGAUUGAAUUCCUUCCCAAAACUCGUUAAAUGCUUUUCAGCCGAUUCCUCACUCACUAACCAUUUGACACUUAAUGACCAACUGAACACUGAUCCGACAUUUCUGUCGUCUUGUAUAUCGGACAGCGAAGACGAUCUGGAAAUGUCGACCUCCUGUUCGACGAAUGGCUUAUCUUCCAGUCAUAGAGACUCAAUCGGUUCCUGUGAUAUCCUUAUGGAUGGCAACGGCUCCGAGUCUUCGCGUGUGUUGACUCUCGCCGAGCAUAUAAUCGCCGCAAUGCCCGACAGGAUUAAGGCGGCGUCAAUCGCUUCCCUUCCCGAUGAGGAGUUUGAUGACGACUACUACGAAGACAAUGAGAAUUCUGGCGAAGACAUCAACGACUUUAACGACUGCGAGGGUCACGCGAAUCAUAGUCACAGCCAAAUGGGCGACAAUUUCUGUAGCUUUUCGUUUGAGAUCAACGAUAACUACAACUAUAGGGAGGCCAACACCCCCACCAACUCGUCGCCCGCGAGCUCCUCAUGCCUUCACAGCCCCUCAUCCUUCCAAUUGGAGUCUCCGUCUCCACCGCCAACGGCUGCCGACUUCUGUGAGUUCUUUCAGGCGUCCGGAAAGAUAACCAAAGAGUUGGGAGAUCUCACUCUUACGGACAAAGAGCAACGAGAGCUCUAUGAGGCGGCAAAAGUGAUUCAAAAGGCCUACCGUUCCUACAAAGGUAGAAAACGAUUAGAAGAGCAGAACAAAGGGUGCGAUAAAGACAAGGAAAGAGUGGCCGCUGUUCUCAUACAGAGUUAUUACCGGCGAUACAAACAAUACAUUUACUACAAACAGAUGACAAAAGCGGCUCAAGUCAUACAGAAUCAGUACCGCAACUAUUGUGAACACAAACGCUUCAAGAAGUCUUCGUGCACUCCGAAGCCCUACGCCAUGGUGUCGGGCGUCGACAGCAGCGGACAGUCCGUUGUCAACAAUUUUAUUUGUAAUAAUUACGAUUGCGAUCCAAUGCAGUGUAAAAGUUCCAGAGAGGGCACGCCUUUCAGUGGUCUUAAGACGUACUCCUCCCGGCGCCGCAAUCAAGCGGCCCGUAAAAUACAACAGUUUAUGAGGCAAUCAAAAAAUAAGUAC